AUGCAACAUUGUGGAACCGGGUUAGAAGAAGCAAGUGCCCCGGAUGACUUUGAAUCGCACCAAGCGAAGCGACGGUCAAGCGCUCGAGCCAAUAUGGACGAAGAGCGAAAGGGCAGUGACGAAGAUAACGAGGAUGCUACACCUCAAGUCUUUUGGAGAGCGAGUGCCAACACAGUCGAAUUUACUGACAUUUCCGAGCCGACAACGUUUGAAGAUGCUGUUGGUGGACCAGAUCAAGUGCAUUGGCGUAAAGCAAUCUGUGCCGAGCUGGACUCGAUGAAACUUCGUGGCAUAAAAAGGAAAGCUGAUGGAUCCAUCGAGAAAUGCAAGGCGCGUCUCGUGGCAAAAGGGUUCAAGCAGAAAUAUGGCAUCGACUACACGGAGACGUUUUCGCCGGUGGUCAAGUACGUGACGCUGCGCAUGGUGGUUGCAAUCACGAAGUACUUUGACUGGACACUGGACCAACUGGACGUGGUGACAGCUUUCCUAUACGGAGAAAUGAAGGAAAAGGUAUUCUGCGCGAUCCCAGAAGGGGUCGAAGUUGAUGAAGGCUUUGACUGCUUUGAACUGGUCAAGGCGAUCUACGGACUAAAACAAGUAUCGCGUGUAUGGAACGAGACUUUCCAUGAGUUCGUCUGCUCCAUUGGAUUUCAAGUAUCCGAUUUUGACCCGUGUCUUUAUCUCAAGAUUACAAGUGGCGAGUGCGUGCUUUUGCUGGUAUACGUCAAUGAUGUGCUGGUGACUGGCAGCUCGACCGAACUGAUUAUGCGCACCAAGAGUGACUUAAAGGCGCGUUUCGAAAUGACCGACAGCGGCAAGUGCGCAUUCGUGUUGGGCUUCGAGCUGGUGGACAACGACAACGGUAGCGUGACGAUGUGCCGGCGACGCUACGUGGAAGAUGUCCUCAAACGUUUUGGCAUGAGCGACUGCAAAGCCGUCACCAGCCCAACAGACAUCAGUUCUCGACUCAUACCAAGCACCGCAGCAAUGAAGUUCUCCACAUCAGCGCGAGGUCUCCCCAAGAGCUACGAGAAUGUCGUGCUGAACUUGGAGAUGAGCAGCGUAGAACUGCGGACGCAAGACGCCGUGAAAGAGCUGACGAGUGAGCACAUCAAGAGACAAGGAAACAAGGAAACAAGACGACGUCGGUAUAAAAAUGAACAAGUGACCAAGGCCUUCAGUACCGAGCGUGAGGUUCGUCAGUGUACGUUCUGUGGAAAAUUGGGGCACACGGUCGAAAAGUGCUGGACCAAGCAGAAAGAAGACAAUCGGGGAGCUCGACGCGGCGGCAAUGCUGGUGGACGCGGAGCGAAUCAAGUUCAGUGGAAAGGCUACAACGGCAACAACAACUAUGACCAUGAUUGA